UCAGAUUUGGCUAGACUUGAUCCAGAAACUCAUCUAUAUGGACACAAUGACAUACGAGUAGAGAGUGAGGGAUAACUCAAGUGGUUAGAGCUUCCUUCUCGUUUGCAGGAGAUCGACUUGAGAUCGACUCUCACCCUCGCACUAGUGGCUCUCUAAACACCCAAAAAAAAAAAAAUUCCAAUGACUUAGUAGCAAUAUGGUUCAAGCCAAAAUUAAACCCCACUCCAUUAGAUAAGUAGCCCGAUGCCAUAGAAGGUUCCAAGUUCCAAGUAAUGUGGCAAACACCAAAAGAGUUCAAUUUAGAGGCAAGCUCAUGAUUUCCUUUUCCUCCCCUAAGUUCAAAUAGACAAACGAUUUUGGGGGUUCCUAAAACCCUAAACCCUAAAAUUCUCAAAACACACAGAAUCAACAACGAUGCCAAAACUCCCUGACCACCUCGAGCUCAAGCGCACUCGCGUCUCCUGCAAACUCGAUGCUCCUAAUGACACUGAAUCAAUUUUAUAUUCUGGAGCAUAUGCUUCAAUGGACGUUGAUAAUUCGAGUUUAGAGAGUUUCUUUAAGGAUUUUAAAGUCGUUGUCAAUCGUAUUACUGAGGAUGAAAUUGAGUUUGAUAUGAUUGGUAUUGAUGCUGCUUUGGCUAAUGCUUUUCGACGAAUUCUCAUUUCCGAGGUUCCCACAAUGGCCAUUGAGAAGGUUUUUAUAGAAAAAAACACGUCAGUGGUUCAGGAUGAGGUUCUUGCGCACAGAUUGGGGCUCGUUCCCUUAAGAGUUGACCCGAGGUUAUUUUCUUAUAAGUCAGAAAAGGAUGAACCAAAUGAGAAAAACACCAUUGUUUUUGGACUUCAUGCCCGUUGUGAACAAAAAGAACCACGGCGGUCAGUCAAGUCAGAAGAACUGAGUUGGUUGCCAAAAGGGAGUAUGUUCUUAUUGGAGAUAGAAAAUAAAGCAUCAAGUUCAACCACGGCACCCAAAACUUAUACUAAUUUUAAGUCGAGCCAGGAUGAGCUACCUGAAUUAUCAGACAAUCCAAUUCAUCCUAAGUAUCCUGAUAUCACUUUAGCUAGGAUUGGGCCAGGACAGGAAAUUGAACUUGAAGCACAUGCUGUUAAAGGUGUUGGUAAAGAACAUGCAAAGUGGUCCCCAGUUGCGACUGCUUGGUACCGGAUGCUUCCUGAGGUUGUUCUCUUGCAAGAUAUUAUUAAUGAAGAGGCAGAAAAGCUGGUACAAAAAUGUCCAGCUAAUGUUUUUGACAUUGAAGACACUCCUACUGGUAAGAAAGCAACAGCCCCACGACCAAGAUCCUGUACCCUUUGCAGAGAAUGCAUUAGAGGGGAAGGAUGGGACAAAUAUGUCGCUUUGCGGCGUAAGAAAGAUCAUUUUAUAUUCACUGUUGAAUCAACUGGAGCGUUGUCUCCUGAGGUGCUAUUUACCGAAGCUGUGAAGAUCUUGGAAGACAAGUGUGAACGUAUCAUAACCGAACUGUCAUAAUUUCACUUGUAUCUGUGAAUCAGAAUAUUGGUUGCAAAACAUAUGCUUAUCAAGCCAAAUCAUUAGGAGUCUUGGAGGACAAUUCCAACCCUAUAACCUCUCCGGAGUGCUUCAGAAAACUGGAAAUAAGCUGUGUAAAAGGGGGUUUUGGUGGUUGUAUAGAUAUCUCUGCCAAAUUCGGUUCAAGCAUUAAUCAGCAAGACAAUUAGGAAUUUUAAUAGCCAAUGUUUUGGAUCGAAUUUUGUGUGGCUAUGUUCUGGUCCAAACAAGAACCUGUACCUUGUAAAAUGGCAAGAUUAUUGAUGUGAAACCUGUUAUGGAUAAUGCUUGCUUUACUUGGCCAUUGUUAUUUCACCUGCAUAUCUCAGCUAAUAUGCGACAAAACUCGAGGCGUUACCUUAUUUUGAAGUACGCUGUUUUCUAAACUACUUGUGAAAGAUUGGUUCAUCCUCGCA